AUGCAGAAAAAUCAUCAACAUCUUGUACGGCCGUGCGCCGUAUUUUUGGAACGUUUAAAUGAAACAUUUAUUCCAUCGAAACGCUACAAAGUUGAUGCCGAUAUUAUUUAUCGUUCAUCAAAUGAACAAACUCCGACAAAUCAUCAUAAUGAAGAAUUAUCAGUCGAUGUUCUCAUGUUACCGAAUAAUAAAGUGAAAAUUUCAUCGUCUUCAACAUUCGAUGACAUUCUUCCAACUUCAACAACUCAAUCAAAUACUAACGACGAAAUCAAACCCAUCGUUCGUAUACGUCCACAUCAAUCAUCGAUUGAUUCGAAUGAUUUCGAAACUUCAACAACAGCUAAACCACGUUCCAAUUCACUUCGCCGGAUUGAAUCAUCAUCGAAUAAAUACGAUAGUGACUCAUAUUUAUUCGCUGGUACAUUCGAUUCUGAUGAUGAACUUGGCAUGGAUUUGAACGACGACGAUUUAGCAUCAAUCAAUCAUGUCUUGGACUUUGAGGAUGACGAUAUGUCCAAUUUUGAUGAUGAAAAUCCUCAUCUAUCAUCGACAACCAAUAGUAAUCAUGGGCCGGGAUAUCAUUCGACACAAUUACCAGAUUUAGUUAUGGGUUCAAUGCGAUCAGAGAAUGGAGUCAAAUCAGAACCGUCGUUUCAAUAUAGCGAUUUAUUUAAUCGAAAAGGUCGAACAUUUGUAUGCGACGAACGUGGUAAUCGUGUUGUUUCAGUUAAACUUGAAAAGAAUUCAGCAAAGCGUCUAAUCGAUGCUAUUGAAAGAAACUUAGGACGAUUGAUACUCGAAGAGUGUCGACGAGGAGACUUACAAGCACAUAUUUUAAAAGUUGUUUUUAAAGAUGAACAAGAAUUUUUUGAUUUCAAUCGUUCAGGAAUCGUCUCAAAACAUUCAUUUAAACAAUGUCCGGAAAUGUACACGCGAUUUUUGGAGAGUUUAUUUGAAUCUCAAACGUAUCCAAACGAAAGUGAAACUGAUCCACUGGGAGUCGAUGAAGGUGAUCAAUUAACUCAGUCAUUUUGUUGUAAAGUUCACGAAUGUGGAGAAGCAUUUACUUCGAAAUCUGAAGCAUUGAAACACGCGAAGAAGCAUGCAGAACUGGAUCCGUUUGAUUUUGUUUGUGAUCAUUGUGGAAAGAAAUUUCUCGGUAUUGCCAAUAUGAAACGUCAUUUACGUGUUCAUAUGGGUAGUGAAGGAAAAGAUUUCGCUUGUCCACUGUGUCAUUAUCGCGGUUGUACGACAACACAUGUCAAACGUCAUAUGGCACAUAAGCAUUUAGAAAAAUCGAUUCCUUGUCCAUAUUGCUCAUUUAUGGCUGCAACCAAUGCGGAUUUGAAAAUCCAUAUGGCACGUCGUCAUUGGGAUAUUGAAGGAUUGGAUAUUUUGAAUAAUUUACCCAAAACAUAUAAAAAAGAAUGGAAAUGUAAUAAAUGUGAUACAGUAUUUCACGACUAUUCAGAUUUUCAAAAUCAUAUCUACAGUCACUCAAGUCAAACAAAUAAAUUUCAAUGCAAUUUAUGUCCAUACAACUGUAAGAGUUUCUCGAAAUUAAAACGACAUAUGCUCUACCAUCAAGGUCAACGUAAUUAUGAAUGUCCGAAAUGUAAUAAUAAAUUCUACCAAAUGGAACAUCUCAAACGUCAUUUAACAUCCAUACAUAAGCUGAAUAUUCCUCAAAUCGGUCGAGGAAAUCGAUUAUUCAGUUCGGAUAUUUUAAAGAGACAUUCGGACAUGCCACAUAUUCCUCCGCCGCAUGGUACAGUUCCUCAAUGUUAUAAAGUUAUCUCGAAAUGCGUUUUUACAUGUCAAAAAUGUCCAUUUUCAACAACAAAACUUUAUCAUCUGAAUGAACAUGUGAAAAGUGAACAUUUACAAUUGGAUGAUUCAGCACAUGUUUGUACUUUUUGUUCAUAUAUAACCGAUAAAAAAACCAAUCUUAAACGUCAUUUACAUCAUAAUCAUGCUGGUCAAUCAAAUACACCUGUUCUCUUAUCGAAUGAUGCUCUUUUAUCCAAUCCUAAUACGAAAUUUCAAUGUGGACUUUGUCGACGAUAUCAAAGCAAUGUCGAUGAAUUUAUUAAACAUAUAACCGAGAAACAUCGUAUGGACGUUGUUAUCUUAGACUCUGCUAAUAAUGGAAAUAUUCACCAGCAGAUAAAAUCUCGUGGUCGUGCUGAGUUGAUUUGCGCUAGUAACAAUUCGACACCCUUUCGAUUCGAUGAAUUCGGUGGUCUCGUGACUGUUAUGAAGAACCCAAAUGAAACAACAUCACUAAGGAAUGGCAAAGAUAUUGAAGGUGACGAAGAGAGAACUUCGUUCAACAAAACUUGCCAGAUCUAUCGACCGAAUGAACUCUUACAAUUAACUCUUCUUUUCUUUGGAAAAGUACGAUUCAUGUCAGCGGACCUAUUUACAUUAUCAUGGUUCAUUGUAUUUAUUCUGGUCAUAUCCAUUGCAUUUAUUGCCAAUAUGAUCAUCAUCAUUGCCAUCCUGCGAGACAAAUCCAUGCAUACAUCAACAUAUUUCUACAUUAUCAAUGUCAAUAUAGCUGAUCUUAUUCUGGUGGUGAGUUGCUUGCCAGAGCGCGUAGCUGGGGUCUUCGGAUCAAACGACGGAUUUCAAUUGGGAAUGUUGACAUGUUACUUACUCCCAUUUUUUCAACAAGUUUCAAUGCACGCUGCAUUUGUUUUCUUGCUUGUUCUAUCCAUUCAUCGCUGUUAUCCUGCUGGUGUGCCGCGAUUUCUUCAAGGAAAUCUCAUUCGUCGACAAAUACGAAAUUAUCCGCGAACACUAUGUAUUCUUUGGACUUUUGCUGUCAUUAUUAAUCUACCCUUGUUUGCGAUAACCAAAUACGAAACAUUCAGCAUGAAUAUAACGAUUUCCAUUGGAAAUGACCUCAAUGUCACUAAAAUAGUCAAUCAUAAUUCCUGUUUUACAGCAGCGGAAGAAAUCUGGUCACGUACUUAUUUAAGUUUAUUACUCAUUUGUACUUAUGUCAUAACAGGCAUCUUUCUUAUUGCUAUCUAUGGUCAAGCCAUACGGAUAAUUCUUGCUUCAAAAAAGUAUUCGAAACCAUCGUUACGAACAACAGUAAAUAGCAAUGAUCAUUAUCGUUUUCUUUCACCGAAUAAUACUCCGGACAGUGAAUGUCAAUCAAAUUUGUGUCUUCGCACAAAUGGACGAGGAAAUCUUGAAGUCCUAGCAGGAAAUUCGAUGUCAUCAUUAACAACAAUAGCUUCAGCUCGACAUUAUCAACAGAAACUUUUACAUGCAUCAAUAACACCGCUAGUUAUUACAAAAUCUAAUGAACAUAACGAUCAUCUCAAUCAUUCAUUAACGAAUUCUCAUUCCACUCAACAUCUGCAAGUUAUUGUCAUGUUAUUCAUUGUGAUUCUUUUGUAUAUUCUUCUUCUUUUACCUUAUCGUCUAUUUAAUUUGCUAUACAUUGUUUACAAUGACAUCUUUCAGAAAACUACCAUCAAUGAAACGAUGUUCCAAUGGUUAAUCAAUACUGUUCGUCUACUUGUUUUUCUUAACUGUGCUUUACAACCAAUAACUUAUUUGAUUAUCUCCUCACGUUUACGACAAACCGUCGGUAAACUUCUUCGUUCAUGGUAUUGUCAUUGCCAUUGUUCAUCAUCGGUAUCAUUAACAAAUGGGAAUGAACGUUACAAAAACGAUAUACGUGCGGUGCAAGCAUAUUCUUCUCACAAAUAUCGCGGUCGAACGCCGUAUGAAGAUCAGCAGAGACAAAAUAUUCAUCAUGCGGUUCGCCCAUUUCAAACUUCAUUGUAUAACACUCAGUUGAUGGGUUCACAAUUGAAUCAGUUGACUUUAUCGCGUUCGCAAUCACCAGCUGGUGUAUCGCAAAUAACUUUGUCACGCUCGCCAUCACCGAUUGGUUUGACACAUUUGACAAACAAGACUCGAUAUAUUGUGUCAUUCACAAAUGACUCUCGAAAGUAA